AUGACUCUCCACAUUAUGCCUACAGAAAUACUAAUUCCUGAAGAGAAGAGAGCUCUCCUAGCCCAGAUAAGUUAUACCUCUCAUGUAUUUAUAUCUUUCUAUGUACCAGCAGCCUAUUCUUCUGCCAGAAAUUAUACGGCUCGCCAUACUUUCUUUACAGACUUUCUCUCCUUUCUCACUUUUUACGUUCAGAUAUUCUUCACUCAUACUGUGACAGUGUUUGUCCAGACAACAGCUAGGAAUUCGAAGUGUAGUUCCAGAUUCUCAAUCUCAGUGCAGUCAGUGCCAAAGAGCAGAGCAGAGUCUUCCAAGAAGUUUUAG